AUGAAGACAAAGUACCAAGGCAUUGCACGAGUGAAAGGAGCACAACUUCAAGCUUUUCGCAAAGAGUUGGAAAUUCUCCACAUGAAGGAAGGAGAUUCAGUUAAGGAUUACUUUGCACAAACACUGUCAGUUGCAAAUAAUAAGAUGCGUAUUCAUGGUGAAAAGCUGGAAGAUGUAGUAGUUGUUGAAGAAAUCCUUCGCUCAAUGACAUGUAAAUCUGACUAUGUGGUGUGCUCCAUUGAAGAAUUGAAUGACAUUGAUAGUCUUUCGAUUAAUGCAUUGCAAAGCUCAUUGUUAGUUCAUGAGCAAAGAAUGACCUGCUAUGUUGUGGAUGAGCAAGCCUUUAAGAUCACUACUCAUGAAGGAACUAUUUCUACAGGAAGAGGACGUGGCAAUUUUUGA